GUUCACUCCGCCUCUUCCCAGCUGAUGCUCGCGUCCUUUCAAUUUCUAUUCUGAGAGGAAGACUUGAGCAAGAGGGGUUUGCGGGGGUAGCGCAGUUAAAACAUCCAUGGGUGGUUGUGUGGGUAGUCACCAUGAUUCUUCAGGCAGUUUAAACGAAAAUUCUGACGGAACUGGAGUGGCUCUGGGGCGUAACCAGGCCUUGAAGAGAGAGAAGCCCAAAUGGAAGAGUGACUAUCCCAUGACGGACGGCCAGCUGCGCAGUAAGCGGGAUGAGUUCUGGGACACGGCGCCCGCCUUCGAGGGACGCAAGGAGAUCUGGGACGCGCUCAAGGCCGCCGCCCAAGCCUUUGAGAGCAACGACCAUGAAUUGGCCCAGGCCAUCAUCGACGGGGCCAGCAUAACACUGCCACACGGCGCGCUGACGGAGUGCUAUGAUGAGCUGGGGAAUCGCUACCAGCUGCCAGUCUACUGCCUGUCCCCACCCGUCAACAUGAUCGAGGAGAAGAGUGACCUUGAGAGCCUUGAGGUCAGCGAGCCCCCCCCCAGCGAGGGCCAGGAGUGCCAGCUACGCCUGCGUCUGUCCACGGGCCGGGACCUGCGCCUGGCGGUGAGGACCACGGACACGGUGCAGCACAUGAAGCGGCAGCUGCAGGCGGUGGAGGGCGUGGCGGCGGCCACCCAGCGCUGGUUCUUCUCAGGCCGGCCGCUCACAGACAAGAUGAAGCUGGAGGAGCUGAAGAUCUCCAGGGACUACGUGGUGCAGGUGAUCAUCAGCCAGCCGCCCGCCCCCCUGCCCACCCAGGCACCUCCCGCCCCCACACCAACCACACCCACGUCCAUGCCCGCCACACUGCCCCAGGACCCCACGCCCGUAGAGAACUAGUGCCUGGCACCUGGAGAGGGCACGCAUGCAGGAAAAGACAGACCACCAAGGGAAGACCAGCUUUUGACAAGUGGAGAUUUGGGUGCGGUUGUGAGGCAGACACGUGUCUGAGCAGAUGAAGGAACAGUUCUGGAGAACCGAGCCGAGCUAGGUGGUCAUGUAAAGUGUUUGUUUAGAGUUGUGUGAGGGUUUGUUAAGCUGUGUGCCCUCCCUCUCUCUUCUCCUCGCUCCUCCACGAGACAGGGAGGUGUUUCUGCAAGGCAUGCUGGGAUAGCAGCAGGGGUGUCUCUGUGCCUCAGCCAGAGCAGGAGGACUCCGCCUCCGUGACCGAAGACAACCAACCAGGAGCAGCAAGAGACUCCACCACAGGACAGGAACACCUGCUAACCUGGCAUUUCAAAAAUCUACCUUUUACAAAAACUCUUUAAAAAAAACUUGUCUUGUUUUUAGUGGAAACUGAACAACCAAAAAAUAAGAUCUGAGGAAACUAUAGGAAUAUACAGUAACAGCCCAUGUUGUUACAAACCAUGUUCCAGAACCCCCUGCCUGUUCUCCAUCUCCACUGUAGCUUCUAGUCAGCCAGCUGUCAGUCCUUCUAUUAACCCCCCCCCCCGUAGUAGUAGCCUUGACCUGACCUGUAGCCUCUUUCUGCAGACGUUACAUGUAGCUCUGCCAGUCAACUCGUCCUCCCUCGGGAGCCUUCCUCCCCCGGGAGCCUUCCUCCCUCGGGAGCUUUUCUCCCCCGGGAGCCAUCCUCCCCCGAGAGCCAUCCUCCCCCGGGAGCCUUCCUCCCCCGGGAGCCAUCCUCCCCCGGGAGCCUUUCUCCCCCGGGAGCCUUCCUCCCCCGGGAGCCUACCUUUUAGUUGUGAUCUUGGUUAGUGAAGUUAGUAGACCGUCACUGCGUCAGAUUAGUUCCCUUCUCAUUCCCCAGUAAACAUCCCAUUAUGUAAACGUGACACUUUCACCCUCCUGUUUUCUGUUCAUACCUGAUAUUAUCUUAAGAUGAACUACCGGAGGUUUCCGCAGAACUUAAAAAACUGUAAUGUUGUACAAACUGAAUGUGCUGGGAUGAAGUGUCCAUUGCAAAGUUUUUAAUGACAUUAAUGUUUAGAAAUUCUGCUUCACUGUACUUUAAGAUACUUAUCAGAGCAAUGUAUUUAGCAUUGCGUAAUCAUUUGUGUGUGUGUAAGAGAGAGAGAGAGACAGAGACAGAAACCGAGAGAGAGACAGAGAGAGUGUACUGCAUGUUUGAGAGGGUGUUGAGAGAAAGAGUGUUCAAUAUGUUCUGGUGACAAGAGUCAGACCUUAUAACAUAGAAGGGGUCACAACCUUAGCAGGACUCUAGGGGUUGUACCGUGGACAGACUAAGUCACACCAGUCGUCUUGACCUUUACUCCAGCAGCUGUUCACACUGACUUCCUCUGCAUCUCUCGCGGUGUGUUUGAGUGUGUGUUUUUAAGGUACAUUGAGACGUAUUCAUGAGGAACAAACAAUGAAUUUCAGAAACCCAGUUGCAUAUUUUGAUGAAAUAGAAUGUUUUUAAUUAAAUUGACCAACAUUUGUACGCCACAA